AUGGCGAGUGUAGCAGCAACUGGCACUCCGAGCCCGGAGGAGCUCAAAUUUCUAGAAAUCCAACAGAAAUACAUCGAGGAAGCGGCCAAGCGUCUCCGCCCGGACGGCCUCGAUCAGUUCGUGAGGCUUAAGGACGCAGGGAGUGAGCGGUUCCGUGCUCUGGCCGAGGACCCCUGGGCCGAUCAUGCCGCCCUGAAUGCUCGAGAGCCGGUUAAGGACGGCGCAAAGUACAAAUUCCUGAUCUCAGGAGCGGGCUACGGCGGUAUGCUCUACGCUGUGCAGCUGAUCGAGGCCGGGCUUGCGAGCGGGCCCAAUGAUAUCCUGAUGGUUGACGCUGCCGGCGGAUUUGGCGGCACGUGGUACUGGAACCGAUACCCAGGCCUACACUGCGACGUUGAGAGCUAUAUCUACAUGCCCCUGCUCGAGGAAACGGGCUAUGUGCCCAAGUACAAAUACGCCCCGGGUCCGGAGCUGCUUGAGCAUGCCAAUCGCAUCGCGACCAAGUGGAACCUGCAUGACAAGGCGCUUUUUCGGUCAAGCGUGAAGAGUGCCAGGUGGGACGAGGCAUCGCAGCUGUGGAACGUGGACGUCACUGAGGGCCGCGGACCGGGCGAGCCGAGCCGUGAACUCAAACUCCAGGCUCAGUAUGUGUUGGUCGCCUGCGGUAUCCUCACCAACCCGCAUAUCCCCAAGAUCCCCGGUCUCGAGACCCUUUCUGGCGACAUAUUUCACACGGCCCGCUGGAACUACUCUGUCACCGGCGGAAGCCCCGAGGAUCCUUCCCUCACGGGCCUGCAGGGGAAGCGGGUGGGUAUCAUCGGCACGGGGGCCACCGCCAUCCAAAUCGUGCCCCGUCUGGCCAAGUGGGCAAAGGAGUUGUAUGUGUUCCAGCGGACGCCGUCGGCUGUGUCCUGGCGCGGCCAACGCCCUACUGACCCCGAGGAAUGGAAAUCAAAAAUCGCCUACAAGAAGGGCUGGCAGCUGGAACGGAUGCUCAACUUCGACUCGUACAUGACUAACGGGGCCAAGGAGGGCCAGGAGAACAUGGUCGCAGACGGCUGGACCGAAAUGCCGGCCUUUUCCGCCGUGAUUGGCUCGCCGGCUGCUGCAACCCUCGUGCCCACAUCCGAGGAGAUCGGGAAGCACGUCGGAAGGCUGUACCAGCUCGACCUGCCCAGCAGAGAAGCCGUGCGGGCCCGGGCCGACAGCAUCGUCCACAGCCCCGAAACCGCGGCCAAGCUGAAGCCAUGGUAUCCGACUUGGUGCAAACGACCGUGCUUCAGCGAUGAGUACCUCCAGACCUUCAACCUGCCUAACGUGCACCUCGUGGACACGGACGGAAAAGGCGUCGAUUCGGCAACACCAACCGGCCUGGUGGUCGCCGGAAAGGAGUACCCCCUGGACGUGCUGAUCCUCAGCACGGGCUACGUGACGCCCAGCAUCGGCAGCGGCAACCCGGCGACGCGCGCGGGCAUGCAGAUCUACGGCCGCGGAGGCCGCUCGCUGGACGACAAGUGGCAGAACCACGGCGCCGCGACCCUCCACGGCGUGUGCACCAACGGCUUCCCCAACCUCUUCUUCUCCCCCGUGGCCCAAUCCGGCCAGGCUGUCAACAAUGUCUUCAGCAUUGGCGCCGGGUCCGAGCAUGCUGUGCAUAUCAUUGCCAAGGCUGAGGCCAAGGCUGGUGCUGGCGCCAUUGUAGAGGUGACGAGCGAGGCGGAGGAGGCGUGGACCAUGGAGAUCUUGAAGAGGGCUGCUUGGUUCGCGGGUGUCGGGGGCUGCACGCCGGGUUAUAUCACGGCCGAGGGCGAGUUUACGAGAAUCUCGGGGGAUCCCGCGGAAAUGAUGAAGAGGAGCAGAACCACCCCUUGGGGCGAGGGCAUGGAGUCGUUCUUGAAUGUCUUGCGGGCCUACCGCGCAGAGGGAUCGCUUAAGGGGAUCGAGAUUGCAGCAAGGGCUGCCUAG